AUGGAUGCUGCCUCCACGGGGGUUUUUCAUUCUGAGAACAGCUUUCGAACACCACAACCUCCACCCCACGUCACCGAUGCCAGCGUGUGUGCCUCCCACAGAAACCUGCGCAGGUCUUUUAGGGAGAGAGUGAAAGAAAAGGGCAAGAUCCGGAGCAGGAGCGGGGUGUUACGGGACGACUUCAAGCAGAAUCCACAGGAUGCGGUGGUGGCCGUCGGGGAGACGGCCAGUUUCGAGUGUCAGCCUCCACGUGGUCAUCCUGAGCCUACUACCUUUUGGAGAAAAGAUAAGAAUCGUCUUGACCUCAAGGAUGACAGGAUCACUGUUCGAGGGGGAAAGCUGACCAUCUCCAAUACCAAGAAGAGUGAUUCAGGGAUUUAUGUGUGUGUGGCCACCAACAUGGUGGGAGAGCGAGAAAGUGAAAAAGCUCAGCUCUCAGUGUUUGAGAGACCAACAUUUGCGCAACGGCCUGUGAACCAAGUAGUUCUAGUUGAUGAGAGCGUAGAGUUCAGGUGUCAGGUCCAUGGUGAUCCGCCCCCUGCCCUGCGCUGGAGGAAGGAGGAUGUGGAUAUUCCUCGUGGCAGGUAUGAUAUCAGAUAUGAAAGAGAGGAUUUCCUGCUGAGGAUCAAGAAGGCAUCGGUCACUGAUCAGGGAACCUUCACUUGCAUGGCAGAGAACCGGGUUGGUAAAGUGGAAGCCUCUGCCUACCUGACCAUCAGAGAGGCACCCCAGUUUGUGGUGCAGCCCCGAGACCAAAUUGUUGCCCAAGGACGAAUGGCUACCUUUCCCUGUGAGACCAGAGGGAAGCCUCAGCCCACUGUAUUCUGGCAACGAGAGGGGAGCAAGGAUCUUUUGUUCCCCAAUCAGCCAGCACAGGGGGACAGCCGUGUGUUUGUGUCUGUAAACGGAGAGUUGACCAUCGCAUCUGUACAACGCUCGGAUGCGGGCUAUUACAUCUGCCAAGCUCUGACUGUGGCGGGCAGCAUCAUGGCCAAGGCCCAGCUGGAGGUAGCAGACGCCCUGAAGGACCGCCCACCACCUAUCAUCCGUCAGGGUCCAUCCAACCAAACGCAGGCUCAGGGAGGCAUGUCCCUACUCAGGUGUCAGGCAUCAGGAGACCCAGAACCUACGGUCACAUGGAGAAAGAACGGGGCAAGUCUUCUUGGAAAAGACCCACGAUUCUCCUUACUGGAGCACGGAAGCCUUCAAAUCCAGAAUACCAAGCUGUCUGACUCUGGGUUGUACACCUGCGUUGCUACCAGCUCCAGUGGUGAAACAUCAUGGAGCGCCUACUUGGACGUCAGAGACUCCACUGACCUCAUGGACUUCAUGUCUCACAACACAACUGCUCUCCCAGGGCCCCCCUCCAAGCCAGAGGUCACCGAUGUUACCAAGAGCAGUAUUUCGUUGUCAUGGGAACCAGGGCCACAGGCGGGCUCCCCGGUGUCCUCCUAUGUCAUCGAAGCUUUUGGUCAGUCGGUGAGUAACAGCUGGCAAACGGUGGCUGAUCACGUGAAGACCACAGAGUUUACCGUGAAGGACCUACGGCCCAACACCGUGUACCUGUUCAUCAUCAGGGCUGGCAAUGCACAAGGACUGGGGGACCCUAGUCCAAUGUCUGAGCCUGUUCGGACUCAAGACAUUAGUCCCACUGCCCAAGGAGUGGACCACCGUCGUGUGCAGAAGGAGUUGGGGGACGUUGUGGUCAUCAUGCAUAAUCCUGUAGUUCUUAGCUCUACUUCGGUGCAGGUCACAUGGACUGUGGAGAAUCCAUCCCAGUUUAUUCAAGGUUAUCGUGUCUUGUAUCGGCAAACUUCAGGGCUGCCCUCCCCGGGGCCGUGGGAGAUACAAGACUUGAGGGUGGCCUCAGAGAGGAACAUAACCAUCUCUGGUCUGAACAAAGGCAUUGUUUAUGAGAUUAAAGUGCGACCAUUCUUCAACGAAUUCCAGGGCGCAGACAGCGAAUCCAUGACAGCACGUACCAUGGAAGAAGCACCCAGCGCACCUCCCCAGCAAGUGACAGUGUUGACAGUGGGGAGCCACAACAGCACAUCUAUCAGUGUGUCAUGGGACCCCCCUCCCUCAGACCAACAGAACGGCAUCAUCCAGGAGUAUAAGAUCUGGUGUUUGGCCAACAACACCCGCUUUCACGUCAAUAAGUCCGUGGAUGCAACCAUCCGUUCGGUGGUGGUGGGGGGUCUGCAGACGGGGGUGCAGUACCGCGUGGAGGUGGCCGCAGGAACCAGCGCAGGGGUGGGGGUCCGAAGCAAACCCCAGCUCAUCAUCCUGGGUGCAGAACUGAGUGAUAUAAUGACUGGAUCUGAGGAAAACAAUAGCAUCUCUGACGUGGUUAAGCAGCCAGCCUUCAUCGCCGGUUUGGGAGGAGCCUGCUGGAUUGUCCUCAUGGGCUUCAGCGCUUGGCUCUAUUGGAGGAGAAAGAAGAGGAAGGGCCUGAGCAACUAUGCAGUUCAAUCAUUCACCUUUACUCGAGCAGUCACAUUCCAAAGAGACAGAGGCCUGAUCAGAAAUGGAAGCCGUCCAGGUUUGUUGAAGGGGGGUGAUCCAGGCCUCCCCUGGUUGGCUGACUCCUGGCCUUCCACAAGCCUCCCAGCUAACGGGGGCUUAGGGAGUCCGCAGGGGGGCAGCAACUUUGGCCGAGGAGACGUUCUACCGUCUGCGGCGGUGGAGAAAACGGGCACCAUGCUGUCCGACGGGGCCAUCUACAGCAGCAUCGACUUCAUGGGGAAAGGGGGCUACAGCAGCCCGGCGCGAGGCGGUCAGCCCACCCCUUACGCCACCACCCAGAUCCUCCAGUCCAACAGCUUCCACGAGCUGGUCGUGGACAGGCCAGAUCCCCGCUGGAAGGCUUCUCUGCAAGCCCAGCAGGAAAUGGCAAACAUGGGCUACUCAUUAACUGACAAGCGCCCCGGAACAAAGGCUGGGAAGAAAAAGAAGUUGAAAAGUGGAACAAAAACCACAAAAUCAAACGGCACAUGUUGGGCUAACAUGCCCCUGCCUCCACCACCGAUGCACCCGCUUCCAGGCACUGAGGUUGACCUCGACCAAUACCCCCAGGAAAACCACGGAGGAGGGUAUGACAACAACAGUUGGGCACCGCCCAUGUCCGUCCAGACUUAUCGUCACCAGAACUUGGACAGCAGAGUAGAGGAAGAGAGAGGUCCUACUCCUCCCCUGAGAGGAAGAUCUUCCUCACCAGCGGUAGCCCCCUUCAGCCAGCCCUCAUCUUCCUCCCUCAAUGCCGCCCACCAUGAAGAAAUGCAAUCCAUUCUGCAAGCCCACUUAGAUGAGCUGACCAGAGCUUACCAGUAUGAAGUGGCCAAGCAGGCAUGGCAUAUGAAGAGCAGUCCAAAUGUGUCCAACACCCCGACCGACUUCAUGUCCAGCACGCUGGGCUCCGAUCUGGGCGCCACUCUCCUUUCGGAGGAAGAGGAGGAGGCGGUUGAGGAGGAAGAGGAGGAGGAAGACAGCUAUGCUGUGGUAUCGAAGAAUUUGUGUCGUUUCGACUACACUCCUGGUCACAGCGUGGAUAACCUCGAGAGUUCAGGCAAAAGCUCCCAGCAGAGUCACUCGGACAGCUACGGCACGCCAGACCACGGCAGACCGAACACGCACAGCCUCGGACACAAGAGGGCACCACUCACUGGCCACAAGCCUCACACAGACAAGGUUGGAACUCUUCCCAGACGAAGAGACACCAACACAGACGCCCACACAUCGGCUAUGAAGUCCCUGCACGGCAUGGGCCCCCACAUGCACAGCUCAUGGGCAGCUGCAUCCUCAGACCCCUCUGAAGAGUGCAUGGUGACCGUGUCGACGCUAGAGAGGCAGCAUAUGGCUUCCUGGAGUGGCACGACAUCAUCCGGCAGGGCCACCCUAAGCGGAGGCCUGGCACGGACCUCUCGCACAGCGGGCAUCUCUCCGCAAAUGGCACAGAGAAAAAGGAACACUAGUCGACGUGAAACAUUGUUCCCUACAACCGAGUCCCAAGACACCUUGUUGAUAAGUGCUAUGAGAUUUUCUGUCCGUCAGAAUGAUGUUGAGAAGAUGGAGAGAACCUAGAAUGAUGCAAGAGACAAAAGUGUGUUGAGUAAAAUGCAAAACUGUAAAUGUCAUGUACAGACACAGGCACCUCUCUCACAGUGUUAUUUUCAUCCCCCUCUUCAAAGAGUAAAGAGUAUGUUACAGUAUAUGUCUGCUUCUGUUUUCUGUCACAUGGUAUACAACCGUUCACACCGCGGAUAUGUGAAGACGAAAACACACCACAAAAAGACUUAAAAUGAGAAAAAAAAGGACUUGCAAAAUUUGUAAAUAUUUUUUUAUUGCUUUUUAUUUCUUUUGCUUUGCUAUGCAAGCCAAACCCAAUGUUGUCUCCUUUGUGAUUUAUUAUCGUGAAUCUUUUUUUUUUUUUUUUUUCAGAAAUGCUCAAAAUGUUGGCUUUUUUUGAUGAAGCUACUGUAUUGUUGUAUUUUGCACAGAGCGUUUUGGUGAAAAUAAGCACAAACCCAUUUUCAGCUGAGCUGAGCAUCGUGAAGGCAAAUAGGGACACGUAUGUUAAACGGAACAGAAACGAAGCAUAUAUAUUUGGCUUUGUGGUGAUCAUUUGGGAAAUACUGAGAAUUAUUAUGGAAAAAAAAUACUGGUACACACUUGGAACUUGUAUGCCAAAAAAACUGAAAAAAACUAACAAUGUUUUGUACUUCCUGCAGUGAAUCACAUUAUACUUCACACUAACAAUGGUUCACAGCACAUGAUUACACAUGAUGACUGAAGAUAUAGUAACAAAGCAACUAAUUAAUCGUGAUAUCCAAAGCAGUCUUAAAAGAUUUGCAAUUUAUCUGCCACUGCAUACAAAAUGUUACUCUAAUAAGCUAUAUAUAUUUCUUUCUUUUCCAGUUAAAUCCAGAGAUAUGAUAAUUGUGCAAUAUUCAGAAGAUGGUAUGGCAGUAAACAGAAAUGCAAAAGGGCAGAUGCAUUAAAAUGACUUGAAUUACCUGCAGAAGAAAAAAUGGAUUUAAGACACUGUCAUUAUGUUCAACAAAAACAGUAUCAUACUGUUUUCAUUUAUUUGUUACAUUACUGAAUGGUUAUGAAUUUACAUUGUCAGCUUUCAAAGGUGUUUCGAUGUACAGAACAUUUAAAGGUCUUUUAUAACCUUAAAAAUGCAGCAAGAUGGGAUUUUCUGCCUGUGGUGAAAAUCCAGAAUGCAGUGUCUUCACACCUGUUUUGUUGGUUGUACUCUGAUAGUUUUGUUUUUUUGUAACAGCUCACCCUUUGAAGAAUCUUUACGUGACAGAUUGGUUUGCCCUCAGGAAUACACAGCCACAUACACAAGGGCCAUUUUUCAAUCUUUUGAUGCAAAAUAAAAUGUGUGUGAAAAUGAAACAGUUUUCCUUACAAUGCCUGAGUCCAUUUGAUAGUUCUUUGUAUGAAUCGCUUGAAUCGAAUUUGAAUUUGACUUACAAAGUGGGUGUUUAUAUGAAACCCAUUCAAACCAAAUUGUGUCGGCAGUCAAACUAAAACAAUGUGAAAUUUAAUUUAGAAAAAAGAUAAUUCAUUUAAUACCCAAAAAAGCCACAACCCUAAGAAAUCUUGAUAUAAUUGAAUUUCUCAAUAAGUUAUGGUGAAUUACAGUGUUUUGUAUCCAUGAAAAUAACUUGAUUUAUGAAUCUGAUUGUUUUUGCUGCACUGGGUUUCUCGUAUGGAUGUACAUUUGCAUUGUUUUAUCCAAGUGCCCGUUCUUCACUGUCCGUGUAAUGAGAAUAUAUAGGGCAUGCAUGCUGUACAUUUUCUGAUGCAGCACAUCCAGGCAUACCUGCUUUUGAAAAACAAGCAUCCUCCCCCUAACAAUCGAAUAACACAGUGUUCAAAUGUGUGGCGGUGUCUUAACAAUAUGCGUUUGUCUCAAUCACAACUUAAACUUUCGAGAAGGUAAUAAGGGAAAAAAAUUGCUGAGUUUAAGAUUCAACUUUUUUCCCCACUACCAUUGUCUCUGGACCACCAUCUCACAAGAAGUGAACUUUGUUAUUGCCAGCAUGGAUCAGCACUUGGGAGGACAGCCUGGGGUAAUA